AGCACUGCAGGAGAGAUGGGAGAGCAGGGUGAGGUGUUUUGUAAGGCCACGCGUACGCCUGGGCUUCCUGUUGUUUAAUAACGUUUCCUGUUGUGAGCUAGAGUAUUGACAUCGUUUCUAACAGCUGCCAUCAUUUCUCAGGAAGGGUCUGGCUGCGGUUGUGUAGGUGGGACAUGAAUGAAAUAACGUGUCCAGCUCCUCUUUGAACCAGGGCAGGCUGGGCUGAACAGGGUAACACCUCCCACCUUGCUGGGUAGAGUGUGGGGCUGAACAAAGUGCUAGUGGAAGCACCCAGACAGCCCAAGACACUCAGUGCUUUGCCUUUUGCAGUGUUAAAUUUACCCCUGAGCAGAGAGCAACUGCUUCUUCAUCACCUGCCCCGUGCGCCACCCGCACCCAGAUCCAUCCUCAUCCAGGAGGAAGCUCCAUAAGCUCCGUGCUCUCACCCCCGGGAGCUCCCCCGCAGGCCCAGCUCCCGCCAGCCUCACGGAACACAUCCGUCCACGUCCUGCCCUGUCACCCGCGUGUCUCAAGCUGGGGCUCAGCUGCACCCAGCUCAAAGAAAAGCAUCCGGUCCAGGCCCUGCGUGGGCCCUGACGCUGCACCCUCCACCUCCAGCUCUCCAAGCACCCGCUGGAGAUGCGCCAGGGUCGUCCCUGUGUCCAGGUCACAGGCAGGGAAACAGACGCAGCGCUGCUGCCUCUUGCCUGGCACUGCAGAAGGCGCACGGGGCUGCACGGAGACCAGAAGCCAGGAGUCCUGGCAUUACUGUUAUACUAAUGCCUGCCAUUGACCACUUCCCUGCAUCUGCAUAGCUCGACUGGAGAGAAAGUCUCGCAACGUGCCAUUCCCAGCUGCAGCUGUUGAAUUUGCCUGAUGACUCACCUGUCAUGACCGGCCCAAGGUUCCUGCUGCUCGAGGGAGGUUCAGCAGCCCCGGUGCUCUCCAGCUGCACAGAGCAGGUAGUGGAGAGGGCUCCUCGUGCUAAAUAAGUGAGACUUCUACCUACCAAAGUGGCAAAAGGGAAGUUACAACACCAACCACAUUUCUGUGCAGGAUGGACCCCACCCAAAACAGCUGCAAAGCAGCAUAGAGAAAAGAAAGACGGAGCACCUUUCAGCUCGGGAUCACAGCGGAGACUCUGCCCUGCUUUCUGCUUUCAGGCUGGCACAAAGCCAGGGACAGGUCCCCAGGCUGAGAGCAAAAUCAGUGAUUUCUUCCAUCCUGGGAGUCCAUCCACUGCUUGAUGAGUGGAGAGAUCCCAGCCUGGACAAGUGGAAAAUGCCAAAGAGGCUCCUGCUGCAGGAAGUCGUGUGCAAGCAAGAGCUGUUCUCCUCCAGACUGAGGGCUCUGUCCUCCACGUUCACCCUUUCGACUGGUGGUUUGGGCUUUUCUAUCAGCAGCGUGGAAAGAAACUCGUGCUGAUAAAGUCAGCAGAUGACCCCGCGGGGACUUGUAUCUCCUCACGUCUGUGCAGAAUGGGACCUCGCCGGGGGCACAAACCCGGCCCCCCCGCAGAGCUGCUGCUGCCGGACCCAGGGCGGGGGGUCCCCAUCUCCAUGGGGGCAAACGAGGCUCCGCUUCCCCGAGCAGCCGCCUGGGGAGAGUUCCUGUUGAACUGCAGCGGCUCCCCCGUGCUAUCAGCACAGAGCCAGCCUGAGCUUUAUCUUGGUACUUCUCCUUUGCUGCCGUUUCAGUUCAGAUGCUCUUUCUUUGCGAUGCAGCGGGGCUGGGGAGGGCCACCCUGUCCUGCAACGUUUCUCAUCUCUUUCCUCCACAUCAAGACCACGACACACUUGAAACUGCCUGGUAGCUGCUGAGUGCUGAGCUUGCGAGGACCAAGGGAGGCCUGGGGGCAGCUGCAGCCCCCGAACCCUCUGCCGGAGCCGUGGCUGUAGCAGGUGCUCUCAGGUGCUGAGAUGAGGCGCCUGAGCAGCAGGAGCCCUGGAGCCUCCACAUCCCGCUCUGCCCAGGCCAAGGGGAAGGGAAAAGCACCUCGGCCCCCAAGGGAAGAGUUUGUCUGCACACAAACGGGGGUGCCCAGGCGAGCGGGGCAGGAGCAGCCUGGAGCCCAUCACCAUCGUGCCCGGUCAGCCCUGCCCAGCCCGCUGCUCCCGGCAGGGCGUCCAGCUCCGCACCGCGGGGGCCGCGAGCAGCCGCGGGGGAAAGGCAGCGAGCUACAAACACAAGAUAAAAUAUCGAUGACUUCUGUUGAGGUUUUCCUGCUGUGCUGCUGCACAGUCCUGAUUAAAACUUGUGUGUGUUCAGAUGUUCUGAUGAAGGAGAGAUGGAGAACUCUGCCUGGGGGACCAGCCCGGCGACCCCCAGGCUGGCUCAUGGGCCAGCUGGUGUCCCCAUUGCUGCCCCAUAAGGCCACUGUGUCCCCCCUGUGUGGCCCCAGCACAGCCCAGCAGCAGCAUCCAUUCGCCCACAGGUGUUUUUCUGCUCCAGGAAGGGUGGAGUUGUGCUCGUUUGAAAAUGGCUGAUCGCUCCUGGUUGUGUUUCCUGGCUUUGGUCUCUUCUCUUGUCUGUCCAGGGGAACGUCCCAGUCCCCGAUGUGGCAGGAUGCGUCUGGUCCCAGAGGAGCUGGGAAGAGCCAGCAAGGCCCCUCUGACUUGGGCCAACACCAAAACCUGGAGAUUUGGCCUUUCAUGGUGCUCGAACAAUCGUCCCGGGCACAGUUAUUGUGCCUCAGCAUCAGUUUGUUGCAACUGGGUGGUGGUGAUGAGGGAAAGGUCUCUGUGGUGCAUCUCUGGAUUUGAAGGAAAACAAGAACACAAAGCAGAAAGUUUCAGGAUCGUCUCCUUUAGGCCACAUUCAUGACCUUAAAUGGCAAAGUUUUGUUGAUUUUUUUUUCUUUAAGUGGCUUUUCUUUAGAAACUUGCAUUUCCUCGAUGCAAAAACAUGAAACAGAAAGCAAACAGCUGCAUAAAAUGCCCUCCCACCUCCCAAAAGUAAAGAUAAUUACUUGAAAGUCAUCCCAGUAAAACCCAUCAUCAGCGGGCCAGCCCAGACCCUGCCCUCUGCGGUGUCACAGCUUCCCCUCCUUUGCGACAAGUUUGAGACUUUGACCUUUGGGCUGAUCUGCAGUGAUUGACACCAAGUGUUCCCAGUGCUCGGUGACGACGGGACGGGAGCGUUGGGGACGCGCAGCCCUCAGCAUCCCCCCGGAGUGAGCGUCAAACCAAACUCACAAGUCUCGCUGCCUCUGUACAGAGCGGCAUUUCGUGCAGCUCCUGACGGCCACCGGCCAUCGCCAGAGAAGCGAUGCCUCCCCUCCCUGCGGCUGGGAUUUGGGCUGGAGAAGCUGGACUAGCUUGGUGCCAGGUCCCCGAACACCAGCUCACGGUAUCACAGUAUGACAGUAUGUUUGGGACUGGAAGGGACCUCAGAAGAUCAUCCAGUGCAAUCCCCCCAUGGAGCAGGAACACCCGGAUGAGGUUACACAGGAAGGUGUCCAGGCGGGUUGGAAUGUCUGCAGAGAAGGAGACUCCACAACCCCCCUGGGCAGCCUGGGCCAGGCUCUGCCACCCUCACCAGGAACAAGUUUCUUCUCAAAUUUAAGUGGAACCUCCUGUGUUCCAGCUUGAUCCCAUUAGCCCUUGUCCUAUCAUUGUUUGACACCGAGAAGAGCCUGGCUCCAUCCUCAUGGCACUCACCUUUUAUAUACCUGUAGACAAGAUCCCCCCUUAGCCUCCACGUCUCCAAACUAAAGAGCCCCAGCUCCCUCAGCCUUUCCUCACACGGGAGAUGCUCCACUCCCUUAAUCAUCUUUGUUGCCCUACGCUGGACUCUCUGCAGCAGUUCCCUGUCCUGCUGGAACUGAGGGGCCACAACUGGACACAAUAUUCCAGGUGUGGUCUCCCCAGGGCAGAGCAGAGGGGCAGGAGAACCUCUCUGACCUACUGACCACCCCCUUCUAACCCACCCCAGGUACCAUUGGCUUCCUGGCCACAAGGGCCCAGUGCUGGCUCAUGGUCAUCCUGCUGUCCCCAGGACCCCCCAGGUCCCUUUACCCGAUGCUCAGGAUCUUCUGCCCUGAAACCGCAUCUCCGAGGAGCGGACACAUCCCCAGGAGGGAAGGGGCUGGAUGGUGCCCCUGCCACCUGCACCCCGUGCGGCACAACCAGCCGUGGUCACUGCGGUGUGACCAAGACCACAGGGCUGCUCCAGAGCCCUGGCCCAGGGCACCCUGUGCAGGACCCAUAAAAUCCCUCAUGAGCUGCUUUGCACGGUGCUCACGGCCGGGAGCCGCUUCUUGCCACGUUCACAUGGGGAUGGCAGGAGGAACCGGGGGGCUCGGCGUGCACGGCCGGGGGUGCCGAGCACGGGGAGCGGGCAGGGUGUGGUGCCAGCGCCAGGCAGAGGAAACGGGGCUGGUUAAACCAAACCUGGGCGCUGCGGAGGAAGGACGAGCAGCACACACCUCCCUGCGGUCGGAGCCGCCGCGCCGGGGAAGCGCCUGUGCUGGCAGCACCACGUCUGGAGAGCACGAAUCGAUUCCAAGCUCUGCUGCGGUUACAAGCCCAAAUUAGCUUAUUUAAACCAGAGAAUCUGUAGUGGCCUCAGCCAGAACUUCUGGGGGGAUUUCUACUGAGGUGAACCAGAUCAAAAGUAUUCCAGGGAUUAAAAGGAGGCAUUACCUCUGGCUUGUCAGAGCUCGGAGAUGCUGUGCUUUGAAGCAGGUGGAUGUGAUUUGUCCUGCAGCCAAACUGCAGGAGAAAUCAUAGAAUCAUAGAAUCAUUUCAGUUGGAAGAGACCCUCAGCAUCAUCGAGUCCAACCAUAACCCAACUCCGGCACUAAACCAUGUCCCUAAGAACCUAGUCUAAACGCCUUUUAAACCCCUCCUGGGAUGGUGGCUCCAUCACUGCUGACCCCCCUGGCUCCAAGCUCCUUUCAGGCAGUUCAGAGAUCAAGAGGUCUCCCCUCAGCUCCUGUUCUCCAGCUGAACCCCCCAGCUCCCUCAACCGCUGCUCAUACGACUUGUGCUAAAUCACAGCUCAAAAAUACCCCAGGACACCUCUCCUCAUCACCAGUGAGGCUCUGGGGCUGUGGCAUCACCCCCAUCUCUGCCCUGACCUCUGUCCUGCUCUAUCGCUCAUCAGUCACAGCCGUGGGGCACACGGGGUACGUGAGCAGGCCAGAGAUGCAGAUAGACCUGCCGGGAUGCUGCGCGGCUCUGAUUAGCACCAUCGGGCACAUGGUUUCCUGGCUGCUGGGCACAGCUGGCCCAGGAUAUAAAACCAGGAGACUCAGACUCGCACACACCUUGGAGGAGCGUCCAGCUGUGGGAAGAGAUGUCCCAGCCCGGGCCGCUGCCGGCCCUGCUGCUCCUGCUUUCUUGCCCCCGGGCCAGUGCCGGUAAGCGGGGGCACCACAGGCUGCAGGUCAGGCUGCUGGUCCGGGCUCUGAUCUCAGCUCAUCCUGCACUGGGGUGUCUUGCAAGUGCUCUACAAGGUCACAUUGUCGGGGGGCACGAGGCUCAGCCCCACUCCCACCCUUACAUGGCGUACCUGAAGAUUGGGACGUUCGCCUGCGGGGGUUUCCUGAUGGCCCCUGACUGGGUGAUGACAGCCACACACUGCAUGGGGAGCGCCACGGUCAUCCUGGGUGCCCACGACAUCCGCGAGCCAGAGAAGACCCAGCAGGUCCGGGGAGUCCUCAGGUACCACCUGCAUCCAGCGUACGACCCCGACAUGGUGUCCAGCGACAUCAUGCUGCUCAAGCUGACAGCAAAGGCCGCUCUCAACGACUACGUCAAGACCAUCCCACUGCCCAAGACCAGCAGUGACUGCCCCACGGGCACCAAGUGCAGCGUAGCCGGCUGGGGCCUGAUUGAUGAUGACCAGGCAACCAACAAGCUCUUUGAAACCCAAGUCUCCGUCUACAGCCGCAGGAAAUGCAUCCUCUUCUACCCGCAUCUCGACACCAGCAUGGUUUGUGCCGGCAGCUUCCACGAGCUCAGGGACGCCAGCCAGGGAGAUUCCGGUGGGCCCCUGGUGUGCAAUAAGGUGGCACACGGCAUCGUUUCCUUCAGGUACAACAACCCACCUGGUGUCUACACCCGCAUCUCCAACUACCUGCUCUGGAUCAGAAGAACCCUGAGGAAGUAGCAGCCCUGGAGCCUUCACUGGUUUCCUUUGUGCCCCUGCUGAAGGCUCAACCCCACCUCUCUCCUCGGGACCUGAGUGACCCCAUCAGUGCACACCAGGGUCCCCUCCUCUCCGUCCUGGGGCUGCUGUCCCGUUCCUUGCCCACCUCAGGCAGCCCGUUCAGGGCCGUGUUAAAUCACCCUGUCCCUGCUUGACCUUUACUGCACUUCAAACACCCUCAUUAAACUCAGAGCUGCA